UCUUACGCAUGCGCGACUCCGAGCUGGCCCAAGAAGUUCGUAGCCUUUGUCAGGCCCGGGAUGGGAGAUCCCCCCGCGGCAAGGCAGCAAGGACGACCGCGAGACCCCCGAGGGCUUCUGGCUGUUCUGCACGCAGAGUCCUGAGCUGGGGAGAAGCCCAGCAUCUUCGGCGCAUGGAGGAGGCUGUGGUCAUGGACACAGGUUUGGCCGAAAUGCCGGAGAGAAGAGCUCUGUCGUUCCAGGAGUCUCCCCUUUCCCAAGAAAAGAGUGCAGAAGAAGGCGAAGUGGCAGCUCUGCGCCUCACAGCCAGAUCCCAGACAACAGUGACAUUCAAGGACGUGGCCAUGGACUUCACGCCGGAAGAGUGGGGGAAGCUGGACCCCACACACAGGGCGGUGAUGCUGGAGAACUACAGGAACCUGGUCUCGCUGUGGCUUCCCAUUUCCAAACCUGAGAGCUACGAUUUGGAGAAUGGAAAAGAGCCAUUGAAGCUUGAGAGAAAAGUGCCCAGUAGCAGCUAUCCGGACGUGGAGACAAGACCCAAGAGCAAGGAUUCAACUUCAGUGCAAGAUUUUUCCAAAGAAGAUUCCUGCAAGGUUGCAGUAAUAGAGAGACUGACAAAGAGUAAUGGCUUGGAAACAGCUCUUGAAUGUGACAGCUUGUUAGAGAAUCUGCAAGGAAGUCAGGAGAGACACUUGAGAGAAAUGUUCACCCACAUGAGUUCAUUACCUGAUGAAACAGAUCAUGAACAUGACGUUGACUGGAAGAACUACAGUCAGAAGUCUGUUCUCACCACUCAAGACAGAAUUCCCAAAGGAUCCUGUUCCUUUCAUACACGUGAUAAAAGAUUGAAACAGAAGUCAAACUUAAUGAAAAAGCAGAGAACUUUUAAAGAGAAAAAGCCUCAUAAGUGCAAUGAUUGUGGUGAACUCUUCACUUACCAUUCAGUACUUAUUAGACAUCAGAGAGUCCACACUGGAGAGAAACCUUAUACCUGCAAUGAAUGUGGGAAAUCUUUUAGCCACAGAGCUAAUUUAACGAAGCAUCAGAGAACUCAUACUAGAAUUCUCUUUGAGUGCAAUGAAUGCAAGAAAACCUUCACAGAAAGCUCGUCCCUUGCAAUUCAUCAGAGAAUUCACAUUGGAGAAAGACCUUAUGAAUGCAGCGAAUGUGGGAAGGGUUUUAACCGAAGUACACAUCUUGUGCAACAUCAGUUGAUUCAUACUGGAGUUAAGCCCUAUGAGUGUAAUGAAUGUGAUAAAGCGUUCAUUCAUUCAUCAGCACUCAUUAAACAUCAAAGAACUCAUACUGGAGAGAAACCCUAUAAAUGUCAAGAAUGUGGGAAAGCCUUUAGCCACUGUUCAUCCCUUACUAAGCACCAGAGGGUUCAUACCGGGGAAAAGCCAUAUGAAUGUAGCGAAUGUGGAAAAACUUUUAGUCAAAGCACACAUCUUGUUCAGCAUCAGAGAAUUCAUACUGGAGAGAAACCCUAUGAGUGUAGUGAAUGUGGGAAAACCUUUAGUCGGAGCUCAAAUUUUGCUAAACAUCAAAGAAUUCAUAUUGGAAAGAAACCCUACAAAUGUAGUGAGUGCGGAAAAGCCUUCAUUCACUCAUCAGCUCUUAUUCAACACCAGAGAACUCAUACUGGAGAGAAGCCCUUUAGAUGUAAUGAAUGUGGGAAAAGCUUUAAGUGUAGUUCAUCCCUCAUCAGACAUCAAAGAAUUCACACUGAAGAACAACCCUGAAACAUCCCUGAAUGUGAAAUAAUGUAAGUUGGGUUUAUAACUGUGUUAAGUACCUGAGUGUUUAGAUGUAAAGCCAUUGUAUGCACUUGAGGACUAAUUUUAUAUAAGCAUCUAAUUUCACUCGCAUAAUACGUAGUUUUGAGCCACAGACAGGAUGGUCCUUAUGUCCAUUGAUUUGCUUAUUAAAACUUCUGUCCAGAGAUCUCAAAAUUUUAAUCUUCAACCUCUCAAAUAUUAUCCAAGGAAAUUCAUGCAAUCCCAGAGAAGGUAGCAUUAUAAAUUGUGAAAUUGUUUUCCCCUCUCCUGGUCAUAUCAGAGCCCUAUUGUAGUUUCUCACUUUGGAAAGGAAAUUCUCAUUCAAUAGGUUAGGUUGAUAGCUUAUAGUAGAUCCUUAUUAUGAAGAGUUCACAAAGUUAUUAAUCUUUGAAUCCAAAAUAGAGAUCCAGAUAGACAGGUGGUAUCAUUUCUCCAGAGAACGUAAUUUCUAUUACCCAAAAAAGCUAAAUAAGCUAAGAGUUGAAAGUUGUUUUGGAUUUCCUUCCUAUCUCCCAAAAGCCGCUAUCUACUUUUAUGAAUAUAAACAAAGUAUUUACAGCAGGUUCUGAGUUAAUGGGCAUAUGAGUUAUAUUGAUUAUAGAUUGAGAUACUGUGGUCCCUGUCUAUAGAAAUCUACCUUCGUUUUCCACUUUUUCCUGGAGUUAGCCUGAAAUACAGAGUUGGUCAGAAUCUUAAGUGUUGAUAAAGCCCCUCUUUGUUUAUCCUUGGCAUUGAAUAAAUCCUUGGUUUUCUAACGUCCACAAGUAUCCAGGAAGCAUCGUUUCUCCACGAUAUUUAGCGUUCUGUAAAUUGUGCUGUGUCACUUUGAGAAAAGACCCCAUGGCUAUUGAGCGUUUGGAAAGCUGGUGGAUUGGAUCAAUGUGUUAUUAUAUUUAAGGUUCCAGUCAAGAAAGACUGAAGCAGCUGUGAGAUAGCAGCUCAUGCAUUCCUGUCAGGUAUGGAAAAUAGUCACAGGACAGUCCUGAGCAACUCACUGAGAUAAGCAGCUGAAAAAGCAGUUUCUCUGUCCUUAAUGUUUACCCUACUGUUGUUAUUGUUGUUAUCCAUGUGUUGGUUGGUCUUUAUCCCAGAGUUCUAAAGAUGGACAAGGCAUGAAAUCACAGUGAUAUAUUAGCAUAAGUUACAAGGGUGACCAAGACCAGUGGUGGGAUUGGAAACACAAAAGCAAAAGCUCAAAUAAAUAGUCAAACACUAUGUAAAUGCCAUUUUUUAUUCUAUAUAUGGUCUAUAUAAAGAAAAUUAUGUAAAAUGAUAAAAAAAAAUACAGAUUUCUACUUUCUUCUCUCCUGACUCCUGUCCUUCAUGAUCAAUUAUCAAUCAGUCCAUACUCUUGUCCCUUCCACAUUAUUCCAGUUACCUACAGUUCCCUCUCAGUAGAACUUAAUUUUAUGAUUGAAGAAAAGUAGGGAGAUAGUUUAAAGAAGUAGGGAUAAGACGGUGCCGCGGCUCACUAGGCUAAUCCUCCGCCUUGCGGCACCGGCACACCGGGUUCUAGUCCCGGUCGGGGCACCGAUCCUGUCCCGGUUGCCCCUCUUCCAGGCCAGCUCUGCUGUGGCCCGGGAGUGCAGUGGAGGAUGGCCCAAGUCCUUGGGCCCUGCACCCGCGUGGGAGACCAGGAUAAGCACCUGGCUCCUGCCAUUGGAUCAGCACGGUGCGCCGGCCGCGGCGGCCAUUGGAGGGUGAACCAACGGCAAAGGAAGACCUUUCUCUCUUUCUCUCCCUCACUGUCCACUCUGCCUGUCAAAAAAAAAAGAAGUAGGGAUAGUGAAGAGCACUAUCAUUACGGAUGUAUGGAAUAUAAAUCCAGCGAUGAUGGAAAUCAUAGAAAUGAGAACAAAAGGGCUCUUGACAGAGUGUAGAAUGAACAACAACAAAAAAAAAAAAAUUGAAGGAGAUUGAGUUGGGAGGGAAGACUUGGGUCUGAAGGGUUUGGAUAGGAUAAUGGCUGACAUCACAAUAUAGGAAAAGGAACUCUUUCACCACUUUAAUAGUUUUGAGCAGAUAACUGUAGCCCAGACCUAUAAAUCAACUUGGGCCUACAGUCCAUUUCUCUAAAAAAAUUUUAUUGAUACUCAGCCACACACUCAUUUACAUGUUGUCUUUGGUUGCCUUUCCUUGCAGUGGCAAAAUCGAGUAGCUGCAACAGAAAUCGUAUCUUCUGACUGCUUUAACAAAAUAUAAACUGGGUAGCUUAUAAACAGCCAAGACAUAGUUCUCAUAGUUCUGGAAGCUGAGAGGUCCCAAGAUCAAGGCAUUGGCAGAUUUGGGGUCUGAUAAAGGCUUACUUCCUGGUUGAUAGAAGGCACCUUUGCACUGUGUCCUCGCUAGGUAGAAGUGGGCCCAUCUUAUAAGGACACUAAUCUCAUUCACAAAGGCUGCACCUACAAAGACCAUCACAUAGGUAAUGACUGGGUUUCAGGGUAUGGAUUUUGGACAUUCAGUCAACAGCAGAUUGUAUGUCCCUAAAGUAUUUACUAUCUCGCUCUACAGAAAAUGCUAGCUCCUGUGCUAGAGCGUCUGUCAAGAAAUAAGGUAGAGACAGAUAAAGCAGUCAGAGGAAUUGGAGAGGUUGUAGUGAUGGUGAAGCAAUCCUGCACUAGGGACUAAAGCCAUGAAGUGACCUCCAUGUACCAGACUGGUAAGCAGAGCAAUGCAGAUGAACACUGAGUUGUUACUACUCCAUAGCAGUAGCCCUGUCCCUCUAGUUUAUUGUUAAGAUUUAUUAUUGUUAUUAGUUUAUUAUUAUUAUUUUGCACAAACGCUGCUUUUUGUGCACUGUAUGGGACUUCAGGAAGUGGUUGUAGCAGCCAGGAGCAGCUGGGGUACGGAGAGGGGCACAGACAGCCCGGCCAACACAUGGCUGGACCUCAGGAACAAACCAGUGACUUAGGGGCCCGCCUGCAGCUGCUCUUGGUGACAGAAAGCAUCUCCCAAGUAGAGCUUCCCGUGGCUUCUCAAAUCUUAGCAAUAAACUAAUAACAAUAACUAAUAAUAAACUAAUAACAAUAAACUAAUAAGAAGAAGAACCAUGUGAGUUUGUGUGAAAGGAAAAUAGAAGUGAUGGGAAAUGCAUCAAGAUAUUCUUAACUCAGGAUGUUACUAAAUAUAUUGUGGAGAGAAUUGAAGCUGUGAAAAUGUUUUAAAUAUGCCAUAUGGUUCAGUGAAAAAAAAUUCAUUUGGGGGCCACAUUUAAACUAACAAAAUAAGAACGCCCAACAUGGGUGUUUGAAAGUUGAGCUUAAAAUCUACCACCCCCAGUUAGCAAUUGUGUGCCCUUGGGAGGCUGCUUAUUCUGUCUCAGUUUCUUUAUUUGUAAAAUGGAAAUAAAUCAUCCCUUUCUCAUAAGGUUGUCAUGAGGAUUAAAUAAGACAGUGCAUCUGAAGGAUCUGGCACGAAAGCAUGAGGAGCCCCCCUUCCACUUAUGUGAGCAAGUACUCCCAAUUCCCCCUUCACUGUCUACAUUUAUUCCUAAAUGAAGCAGUUAAGCAUCAGACUGUGUGUGUGUGUUUGUGUACACUUGUAUACAAGAGUGCCUCAGAAACUCAGUGGAAUUAAAAGUACGUUUAUUUUGGUGCAAAAAUUUUUUUCAAAACCCAUGCAUAAUAUAUUUUCAUAAUUCAGAUUUCCCAAAAGCUUUCUGAAGCCUCUGUGUGUGUGUGUGUGUGUGUAAAAUGAUGGGCUAAGAAUCAGCCCAUGGAAGUUGAGAAUCGUUGUAUUCUCCACACUUUUUUUUUUUUUUUUAACCUAUUAAGGACCAUGACCGCCCUGCUCCCGACCCUGUCACAGAGUUGAAGCUUUACUUCUUCCUGCUCUUGCUUCUUUUCUGGUGUUGUUCCCUGCACAGCCUCCUUGAGAUCUCCUGGAACGUGCUUUUUUCCUUGUGGGUCUGACUUAAACAGAAGCUAUUUACUGGCUCCAGAAACUCAAGUUUGCAAUUUCACGUGAAGGGACUUAACUCCACUGUUAAUUUUACUGGGAAAUCUGGCCCUUUGUGUUUCAGUAGUUGUCCUCGUUAUACCCAAUGUUCAACUUGACUGCGUGUUUGUACUCCAGCGAAUAUGUUGAAAGUUUUAAUGUUGUGUGUUUCAAAUGAUUUUGGUUACCUAUAAGCAAUUUGUUCUUACUAUCCCAUUGUCAAUAAAG